GUUUUCUGCAGAGAACCCUGGGUAUGAGCUUCUGUGCUGUGGAAUGGAGCAACACUGCGUUCUCUCGCUCUCUCUCUGUCUGGGUGCUAACGAUGAUGUGAACAAACAGCGUGAUUGCGGUCCUUGUUGCAACGAGCAGGAAAACAAGGAGGGGAUCCCGGCUUAAUCAUUUGCCGAGGCGGCACCAGAACCAUAACUGAAGACAUCUUGACAUCGAGCCUUGAAGUGCCAAAUGCCCAGACUAGAGGAGCACUGCUGGAGCUGCUCCUGUGCAAGGGUUGAAACUAAACACUCAUCCGGAGCUAACUGGUUAGCAUCCAAAGCUGAAGAAAUGAUGUCCAUCAUCACCUCGGUGCUCAGCAAUGCCUACGGCUCUCUGCACGACGUCCGGACGGCCAACCUGAUCCGCCGGGGUCUCGUCCUCUUCACCGUCGGCGCGUUCCUCGCCCUGGUGCUCAACUUGCUGCAGAUACAAAGACAUGUCACCCUGUUUCCCGAGGAGGUGAUGACAACUUUGUUUUCGUCUGCCUGGUGGAUCCCGCCGUGCUGCGGCACAGGGGCCGCUGUUGUCGGCCUGCUGUAUCCCUGCCUCGACAGCCAUUUGGGAGAGCCGCACAAGUUCAAGAGGGAGUGGGCCAGCGUCAUGAGGUGCAUCGCAGUGUUCGUCGGCAUCAACCACGCCAGUGUUAAACUAGACUUUGACAACAACGUGCAGCUCUCCCUCACGCUGGCAGCCUUGUCCUUGGGCCUGUGGUGGACAUUCGACCGGUCCAGGAGCGGCUUCGGUUUGGGCAUCACCACUGCCGUCCUAGCUACUGUUUUCACACAGCUGCUGGUCUACAAUGGAGUUUACCAGUAUACGUCUCCAGACUUCUUGUAUGUACGCUCCUGGCUCCCAUGCAUAUUCUUCUCAGGCGGUGUUACCGUGGGAAACAUCGGACGCCAACUUGCCAUGGGCGGCGUCGAGAAACCCCACAUGGACUGAACAGUGGAAACGCAGGAAAACCCGGGCGAAGGACAGACAACGUAAAGAUGGACAAGUUACGUGUAGAAUGAGGAGAAUAACAGGAGAGAAAAAAGACUCAUUGUUUUCACUUCAUCCUUUGUUCUCAUAACAAUGUGCGGGUCAGAAAAAAAGCCCCUCAUCUAACGUGCCAUGUCCUCCGCACCUCCUUGUGGCCAAACAGCCUCUUCCUCCCACCUCUGUUCUACGCCAUUAGCAUUCAGGCUUCCUUCACUCUACACAGGAGGACAGUGUUUGCCUUUUUUUCUAUUGUUGUUUUUUGAAGUGAACUGGUUUUUAUUUUAAUGCUGGAAAUACGUUUCUUUCUGCAGUUCAUGGAGUGGAAGCGUGUGCGCUUUUAGUGCGGAUGUGUCCUGGUCUUAGCAGAGAAGACUGGUUUUGUUUUUAAGCCUGAAUAUAUUAUGAUCAUAAAAGGGAAAUGUUGUACGAGUGGACAAAAGAAGAAAAUGUCUCCACUCUCGCAUUGAAACGUGUUCAGCGGCCUCUGUUGCAUCACUGGGGCCACAGGGGAGAUGUAUGUUCCCAGUCAAACCAAAUUAAGUAUUUAUUUUGUAGUUUUUGAAUGACCCAGAACCAAAUGUACUGUAUGAAUGAUUCUUCCCAUUUGUUAAAAGAAAUAUUUGGGAAACGACUUUCUUGCAGAGAGUCCCAUCUGUACGCUGAAUAUGUAGCUAAAGCCGGCAGCAGGGCGGAAACACAUUGGUGCGUAUUUACCGUAAAGACACGAGAGUGGCAUCGAUCCUCUCAUCUCAGUUGAACUUUAAAGUGACUGGAGCACGUGCGGGAGGAUGGUUGAUGGAAUGAAGAGAGACGGGAAAUGUGUUCAAGAGUGCCAAUUAGUUUGUGCUGGCGACAUGAGAUAAAGGCUGGUCGCAUUUACCUGUGAAUGGCACCAUGUUCGCAACAAGAUCACAUCCUAUUGUCUGGAGAACUACACUGAGACCUUCAGUACAUUGUUUUGUCCUCUUCUAACACACAGACUGAUUGUUAAGUAAGGAAAGUAAGACGCCAAGGCAUUAAUCACGAUGGAAAUUCACAAUUUGUGGGGGUUUUUUAUGAGCAGAGCGAAGAAAGCCACCACGGUGGACCGUGUUUUGAAAGAAUGUACCAGGAGUAUACUAGAACUACCUUUGCCAGCAUCUGUGGUCACCAGGUGUUAAAUGUCUUUGUGAUCAUACACAUUAUUUCCCACUUCAGAUUCAAACUAUUGGGAACGUACACCGGUUGAAAGGGGGGGCAGGACAUUAUUUCUUAAGAUUUGCAAUCUGUGAUUGCCUGUGUAUUAUAGAAUGUAGUGCUUUUGUCACUAUAACAGUUUAGUUUUUAUCAUUUGUACAAACAUGACAUUAUUGCUUAUGUUUAAUGGCUUUCCUAUGUGAUCAGAAAGGUGUUAUUACCAUACUCGACCUACAGUAUGUUAGUUAGCGUUUGGGGGUCUAGAGGAUUAAGUGCAAUCAAGAGUAUACAUUAGACGAUUAUUCUUAUUUAUUAUUUCUGACAGUGGCUAAAAAAACAUAACUUGUUGCAAGUAUAUGCAGUGAGGAUACUUUAAAAAAAAAAAAGCAAUAACAUCUUUGUUUUUGUGAACAAGAUUUGUGUCGGAGAUUACAUGCCUUCAGAGUCAAAACCAAUGACUCUCACCAGAGAGACGAAAUAAAAAAGAUGUGACAUUUAGUCAAAGGAAACCUGAUUUAUUUUUUUAAGUACUUUUUUGUGGCAGUUCACUUAAGGUGGAAUCUGCUUACAUUCAGGUGUGUUUCACUGAAGAGGAAGCUUUAUUUUUUUGAGGUGUUGAAGCACCUUUUUGUGUCGAUGUUUUCGAGUUUCUGUGUGUCUGAUAUUUCAGCCAUGUAUCAUUUUUGCUACCAUGGAUUUAAGUGAAAAAUAAACGCCUGAUAAAGAU